AUGCCUCGCAUCCUUCGCUGGACAAUGAGCCGGCCUCAAAUCCUGUUCCUCUCAACCAUCGGUAUCGCAGUCGCCCUAACUGCUAUGCUCUACGGAAACAUUAUACAUUCACCAACUCUAAGAUCAAUCCUCUCAAAAACUAUGGCAUCCCCUCGUCCUGUCGUUGUGGUGGGCUCCGGCCUUGCUGGCCUAUCAGCAUCAUACGAGGCGUUACAGCGCGGUGCACCAUCCGUUCAUCUUCUUGAUCGUGCGCCUAAGCCUGGUGGUAAUAGCAUCAAAGCUUCGUCUGGUAUUAACGGUGCGGGGACAAAGUACCAGCGCGCUGCAGGUGUGGAGAGCGACACCUCUUUUUAUAGUGAUUCUGUGAAGUCAGCUGGAGAGAGGUUUAAGCUUGCCCAGCCACCUGUUGAUCGGGAGAGGCUUGUUACGAAACUCACAAGUGAAUCAGCUGCUGCUGUUGAUUGGCUUGUUGAUGAGAUCGGUGUUGAUCUCAGUGUUGUUGCGCCGCUUGGUGGACAUAGUGUUGCCCGUACGCAUAGAGGCGCUGGGAAGACACCACCUGGAGCGGCAAUUGUUAUCGCUUUACUCAACAAACUGAAGGAGAAUAAGCAGUUCUCUAUCACCAAUUUGGCCGAAGUCAAAGCACUACUAAGAGAAGGUGAAGCCGUCAAAGGCGUCGAAUAUGAAUUUGAAGGACAGAAACACAACCUUGAGGGUUCAGUCUUAUUCGCCAGUGGUGGUUUCGCUGGCGAUGCAACAGGUCUACUGGCACGAUAUCGCCCCGACCUCAAGGGAAUUCCUUCAACAAAUGACGAAAGACCCGGAUCUCAUGAUAUUCUCACUUCUGUUGGGGCUGAACUGUUAGAUAUGGACAGCGUUCAAAUCCACCCAACAGGCUUCGUCGAUCCAGCAAGUCCCAACACGAUGCUCAAGUUCCUCGCAGCCGAGAUGCUCCGCGGCGAAGGCGGUAUCCUUCUUUCGUCAGAUGGCUCUCGUUUCGUUAAUGAGAUGGAUACUCGUGAGCACGUUAGUGAUACUAUAAUGAAGCUUCCUAUCGCCACUGAUGGCGAUGGAGUUAUCAAGCAGUGGGAUAUAACCCUGCUUCUUGACCCCGGUGCUUCAGCAGCAUCAGCCAACCAUAUCAGCUUUUACGAAUGGAAAGGUCUUAUGAAGAAAGUCAAAGUCCGAGAUCUUACGAGCGCUCAAAUCGCUGCUGUGGAUAAAUACGCCCAAGCUGUAGCCGAUGGAUCAGCAGAUGAGUUCGGCCGCACGCAGCGAGGAAGAUGGACACUUAAACCUGGCGAGGCGAACCGAGACGAAGAGAUUUAUAUCGGUCGGGUGACGCCUAUUACGCACUUUACUAUGGGAGGUGUUGCUAUCGAUGAGAAGGCCCGUGUAUUGAAGAAGAGCGGGGAUAAGCUUGUUCCUAUUGCUGGACUAUUUGCUGCUGGAGAGAUUACGGGUGGCAUUCAUGGAGAUAAUCGAUUAGGAGGAUCUUCGCUUUUGGAGUGUGUUGUUUAUGGACGGACUGCUGGUGCUGAGAUUGUUGGUUCGUCGUAG